AUGAACGGGAGUGGAGACGGUAGUCGUGUAGGGACACCACUACCACGGUUCUUUGAUAAUUCCGGAAACCUGGUGAGCUUGUCCAUGGUUCCGGUCAUCACAGCCGACAGCCCAGAUGCACUGCCAAAGUUGUUGCAUAGAGUCAAUCACAGGCGUUCAAUAUUAUCGUUGGCCGUGUCGAAAGAUUAUGUGUAUGCAGGAAGUCAGACUGGAGAGAUCUUGGUCUGGUCGAUUGAGACAUUUGAGAAAGUUGCAACCUUAGAGGGUCAUCAAGGAAGUGUACUCUCACUUUGUCUAGCAGAGGAUCAAUCGUUACUAUUUUCAAGUGCCGGCGAUGCUAUAAUCAAUGUUUGGAAUUCAACUACCUUCGAAAAUCUCUACACAAUAUACUCCACAUUCGACCUCGGAGAUGUCUUUUGCGUCGCAUAUUCUCCACUACAGCAUACCGCUUACUUCGGCGCUCAGAACACCAGCAUCCAAUGGUAUGACCUGAAAGUAAAGGACUCACGGCCAUGCCCAACCCUCACCUCCCACCCUUCACACCGCAACCACCCAUUCUUUGAUUCCAAAGGCCCUGGCGGUGGCGCCGCUCUUAAGCAAGAGAUUUGCCCACGAUCAACUACCUCUCAGCUCCUUGAGACCGACCCCGAGAACAUAGUGCAGUAUGCGCAUUACGGGUAUGUCUAUUGUAUGCUCCUAAUCUCGCUGUCUGCGAGCUCUGAGAUUGGAAAGGCGGGUCAGCAAAUAUUGUUGAGCGGAGGUGGAGACGGUGUGGUUAAGCUAUGGAGCAUCGACAGCAAUACGAGCAGGAUUGAGCAGAUGCGGGAGUUAAGUGGUGGAGAUUCAGGGGUCCUAAGUAUGGUGGUUCAGGACUCUUUGCUGUAUUGCGGCUUGACAGAUGGUGAGAUUUGCAUUUGGGACCUUGACACAUGCCAGUUGAUCCGGAGUGUAAAGGCCCACUGCGAAGAUGUGUUGACUUUGAGCAUUAAGGGAAACUUUAUGUUCAGCGGCAGCGCAAGUGGAUAUACAAGGAAAUGGAACCAACGCUUUGAAUGCGUCUCACGCUGGCAAUCACACACUGGCUUGAUUCUAACCUCCGCCAUCACAACCCGAAAUGACCGCCUAAUCCUCAUUACAGGGGGUAAUGACGAUUGCGUCGCCAUCUGGGACGUCUCCGCAUGUGAGCUUGACGAAAGUUCAGGAUCGCAGCAAACCCAGAACGACCAGCUUCUCAGCUCUCUGAGUAAGCUAGUGUCAUUCCGCACAGUUUCAAACAAUCCAACUUAUAUGGAGGACUCUCGCCGCGGUGCGACUUACCUUAAGAGUCUUUUCAAGAGGUUUGGAGCCACCACGACGCUGUUACCAAGUGAGCCAGAUCGCAAUCCUAUUGUAUUUGCAAAAUUCAAUGCUGCCGUGAAGAAGAAAGGAAAAACUAUUCUUUUCUACGGGCACUACGAUGUUAUCCAAGCAGAGGCAACGGUUGAGGAAGGCUGGUUUACGGAUCCGUUUGAAUUGACGGGGCAGAAUGGAUAUCUCUACGGCCGUGGAGUAUCAGACAACAAGGGUCCCUGUCUUGCAGCGUUAUUCGCGGUAGGCGAGUUAGUGCAGGCACAAGAGCUGGAGUCCGAUAUUGUGUUUCUAAUAGAGGGCGAAGAGGAGAGUGGUAGUAGGGGUUUUGCAGACGCAGUCAGGCGGAACAAGGAACUCAUUGGGGAUGUGGACUGGAUCUUGCUGGCGAAUAGUUACUGGCUUGAUGAUGAGGUACCAUGCUUGACAUAUGGGCUGAGAGGGGUCAUUCACGCGACUGUUGUUGUUGAGAGUGAAAAGCCGGAUCUGCAUUCAGGAGUGGACGGCAGUAGGCUGAACCGGGAGCCCACCAUUGAUUUAGUUAAUCUCCUGGCAAAGUUGACAGACGAGACUGGAGCCAUAAAGAUUCCUGGUUUCUCCGAGCCUGUACGCCCCGUCACUGCAGCGGAAGAGGAGAUGUAUUCUGCAAUAACCACUGCUCUAUGCAAUAAACCCAAUUGGUCACACCUCACCGCCGAAGGUAUCAAAGAUCACCUCAUGUCCAAAUGGCGAUUCCCUUCUCUUACAAUCCAUCGUGUCUCCGUGUCCGGACCCUCAAACGCAACCAUCAUACCACGAUCCGCCUCGGCGGCCAUCUCACUUCGCAUCGUUCCGGAUCAGGAGCUCAGCGUCAUCAAAAACUGCCUGGUUGAAUAUCUCAACAGCGAAUAUAAGCGUUUCGGGAGUGGUAAUAAGCUCAAGAUCAGCAUUGAUCACGAAGCAGAGCCUUGGCUAGGUGAUCCUGAGAACGACGCAUUUAGGACCCUAGAAAGCGCCAUCAUGGACGCGUGGAGCACCAGCAAUACGGCCGGAGAGAAACAGCAAGUCAAGCCAUUGUAUAUCCGCGAAGGAGGUAGUAUCCCGACGGCGAGAUUCUUGGAGAAAGAGUUUGGUGCGCCAGCUGCACAUUUGCCGUGCGGACAAGCGAGUGAUCAUGCGCAUUUGGAUAAUGAGAGAUUGAGGCUGGUUAAUCUUUAUAAGAGCAAAGAUAUCCUCAAGCGUGUGUUUAAGGAGCUGCCUAAGAAAUGA